AUGACUCGAGAGAAACUAGAACAAUUUACGCUCAGAGUCAAAGAGGAACUUGACAAAGAAAGAGAGGAACGAAACUACUUUCAGCUAGAGCGAGACAAAAUCAGAACCUUCUGGGAAAUUACUAGACAACAACUCGAUGAAGCAAAAGCUGAACUGAGAAAUAGGGAAAGAGCUACAGAAGAAGCGCAAGAAGAAAAUGAAGCUAUUCUGGAGACGGAAAAACAGAAAAUUAAGCAUUUAAAAUAUGAACAACAAGCGGCUGCAGCGGCUUUAAGAGCUGAGAACUUAGUAGCACUGAAAGCAGCCAAAGAAGAGCAUGCCGAACAAGAGUUGGAAUUGCUUAAUGAUAAAAGAACUUUGAGGCAAGAAAUGCGAGAAAAGGUUCUAGCAGCACAAGAUGAGUUAAGGCGAGCUAAACUUGUACACGCUGAAGAGUUAUCCAAAACCAGAGAGAUGUUUGAAGAGCGUGCAAGACAGAUAGAGGAUAAAGCUGAAAAGAAACUUCAUGAAACCAAGGUUGAGCUAACAGUUAAGCACAGAACAGAAAUAGCAGAAGUAGAAGAGAGAAAGAAUAAACAACUCUCGGAAUUGAUAGCGCACCACGAAAGAGCGUUUUCAGAUUUGAAAAAUUAUUAUAACGACAUAACUUUGAAUAACCUUGGAUUGAUCAGCAGUUUGAAACAACAAAUGGAAGAUAUGCAGAAAGUGAAAGAGCGAGCCGAGAAAAUAGCAAGGGAUGCAGUCGCAGAGUCGAAAAGUUUGAGAGAACCACUCGAGGCAGCCAUUAUUGAUAACAAGGAGCUGAAGCGACAGAUGUCUAAUUAUGAUAGGGACAAAGCGGCGUUAGCUGCGAAAACUAAACAGUUAGCGAGUUUGGAGAAACAGUUUGAAGUUCUUAAAUGGGAGUAUGAGGUGUUACAAGUGCGUUUCGACAGGGUCUUAGGGGAGAGAGAUGAACUAAAGGCCAGAUUCUCCAGAGCGGUGCUAGAAGUCCAGCAAAAAUCUUCCUUGAAAACGGCUCUACUAGAAGCGAAACUGAAAAACUUAGAAGGUAGAGACUUAGGGCCCAGAGAGUUGCAUGUGAGUGAGGUUACACUUUCGCGUAGAACUACCUUGGCGGCGUCGAGGGGCGACGGGCCCUGUAGGCUGCGGGCAGGAGAGCCCGAGAGCCCGAGGGGACACCCAUAUGGGGCGUACGGCAAGGGGGAGAGGAUCCCUUCCUUCUGUAGACCGGCGAACAGGGCUGACACCCACCCGCCCCAUGUGGGACUAGCCCCAUGGAUGGAACUCUUGAAAUUAAAAGACACUCAAGUGGAAGACUUGAGAUACGAAGCUGCACGUCUCCGGAAAGCUCACGAUGAUCUCUUAGCUACUUAUGAGGCUAAACUUACUAAACUUGGAGUACCAGUUGAAGAACUGGGUUUCAAGUAA